AUGCACCUCCUGGCCCUGAAUCACGGCGCCCUCAUCAAGUGCAAGUUCAACCUAGGCCCGCUGCUGGCGCUCUGUUCGUCACACGGCGCACACAGAUUCAGCAACCUGGCCAAAACCAGCAAGACCAUCAGGACCAAGCAAUUCAAGCUCUCCACAGAAUCCAAUUUCAGUGGCCUCCAUGAACUGGAGCAUGAGCGGAUUGUGCUGCUGGCCCUGCCCACUGGAUGCUUGUGGAAGCCAGAUGUCAUUGAUCAGAUCCUACGCAGGCAGCGUUGGUCGUCCAACAAACUCAACGCCAAUGACAAGGUCAUCAACACCACGACCACGUUCAAGGUGAGCGGCAGGGCCAACCAGAUGGUCACCAGCGCCGUCGGCCGUUGGCCCAUGCGCACCAAUGACUACGUGGAUCUGUGGGCUGAACAACAGCACAUGUGCAGUGUCAAGCUGUGGCUGAUUGCCAUACCGAUCACCAACAACGACAUCAUGGGGCGCACAAAGCGACGCUUCUAUCCCAAAGCGGCCAUGAUCCUCCCAGUUGUUGAACUGGGUAAGGUUGACGCUGCUGCCAGUGAAGUCAGCCAAGAGUGA